AUGACAUUUGAAUGGAUCCAACUCAAAGAAGGCUUGCUGAAGAAAAUUAUACAGAAAGGAAAAGAAGGGAAGCGGCCACGAUUUUGGAGUGAAGUAACGGGGAAAUUAAUUAAAUUUCCAUUGGGUUCAAAUCAAGAUAACUCCGUGCUUUUACCUGAAGAAAAUACUACAGAAAAUUUAUCUCUUUUCCGCAUCGGUGUUGCCCAUGAUGAAUUGACAAGAAUUCUUGAAUUGUGUAUACAACUAAUGGACGAAGGUGAAGUGAGUCAAUUUCGUGCUAAGACACGUAACGGAGAGUGGAUUGAGUUUCAGCUCUACCUAUAUGAAAUAGUGUCACAGGCUCCUCCUAUGCCAGAUUGGGAUAGGUCAGAAGUGAUCAGAGUGAGCAAACAAUUAAAAGAAAAGGGCGUUUCUCUUCAUCGAGGAAAACAAAUUAUUGAUUCGUUCUACUUCUUUGGACGAGCAUUAAAACUAUUGAUUCCAUUGGAAGUGCGGCUUACGCAUGAUUUGUCCCGCAACCCAGAAAACAAAGACGAAGAAACAAUUCGUCUCAAAGAUGAGAUUACCUCUCUCGUGGCCUCCAUCUAUAACAAUUUAGCUGCCUGUCAGUUAGCGGCAGCUCAUUACAGACAUGUGGUAUAUCUGUGUGAUCAAGUUUUAGAGAGGACACCAACCGACCUCAAAGCUAUUUAUAGGAAGGCAUCUGCGCUUUUUGGUUUAAAGCAAUUCCAAGAUUCUUUUGAUGUGGUUAAAAUUGGAUUGGCACUGGACCCUACCAAUAAAGCCAUAGUGACUUUAGAAAGACAAGUAGUUGCUGCCUGCAAUGAACAGGAGAAAACAUUUGUAAAAGGAAUCAAAAAGUUUUUUCAUUGAAAGUGUAAUAUGGAUGAAUCAAGAAUGUUUAAUUAAUUAGUUCUCUUCCUCUUCUUCUUUUCUUUCACUGUGUGUUGGAUAUUUUCUGGCAUUUCUUCUUUUGGUUUCAUGAGUCCAGAUGAUUGACACAUUAUACCUUCUAAGUCUGCAGCGUAGUUGUGUAACAUUCAAAACAUAAAACUGUUAAGAAGAGUUCAAAGGUAAUAAAAUCUCACCUUCUUACCUUUCCCAUAAA